GAGAGAGAGCGUGUUCAGUGCUGAUGCUGGGGCCUCCAUCAUGGCGUCGAUGCAGAAAAGGCUUCAGAAAGAGCUGUUGGCCUUGCAGAACGAUCCGCCUCCUGGAAUGACUCUGAAUGAAAAAAGUGUACAGAAUACAAUAACACAGUGGAUUGUAGACAUGGAAGGAGCCUCUGGUACUCUUUAUGAAGGAGAAAAAUUUCAGCUGCUUUUCAAAUUCAGUAGUCGAUAUCCCUUUGACUCGCCUCAGGUAAUGUUCACAGGAGAUAACAUACCCAUCCAUCCUCAUGUUUAUAGCAACGGCCACAUCUGCCUGUCCAUUUUAACAGAGGACUGGUCACCAGCACUCUCAGUGCAGUCAGUCUGUCUUAGCAUUAUCAGCAUGCUGUCCAGCUGCAAAGAAAAGAGGCGGCCUCCUGAUAACUCCUUUUAUGUACGGACAUGUAAUAAAAAUCCAAAGAAGACAAAAUGGUGGUAUCAUGAUGAUACAUGUUAAUAUUAAACUUUGUAAAACACUUAGAAGAAAGAAGUCCUACUGACAAAAAUAAGCACUUUUUUAAUCAUUAAGUCUUUGGACUCCGGACCCUGAACCGGAAACUAUGGACCGCAGAUGAUCCGGAGGAUCUGGCCUGUUAUGAGAAGGACAGUCAGAUGUGGAGUGCGGAUUUGCAAAGGUUAGAAUAAUGACGUUGCAAAGAAGCGGAAAUACACAUAAAUGGGAUUGAUUCCAGCAGGAAGUCGUUUCAUGCAGUGAGUCUUCUUUUUGGGGGGAUAAUGAGGUUAUUCCUUUUUAAAUCUAUGUAUUAUUGUAUGGUUUCACUUUGUUUUUCUGUAUUGAUUAUGUGUGUGUUGUGCAAUACUGAUGGAAAUCCAAAUCAUGUGGAUUGUCUGAAAGAGAUUUUAGCUUUAAAGGGGAAUCCCAUCGUUUUUUCUAAAGUUUCUGCAUAAUUCAGUGGUUAAGAUGUGAACAAGGUUAUUGAGAGUGGUUCAUUGUAUAUUCGGAUUUCUUUACAGUGGUGAAACCAAGGGUUAUGACGUUUACAAGACAUAUGAAGCCAUUUUAUGCACUACCCAAAACCUCCAGUGAACCUACAUGUGUCUUCUGAAUUUUUGUAAUGUCAAUAAUGGUAUAAUAGUGAUGAAUCCAUAAUAAGUUUUCUUUGGGGCCUGGUUUGCCUCUCAAUGCCCUUCAGGUACUCCUCUGCAAUGAAUGGAAAAAUACUUUAAAAAUACUUUUUAGUCUAUCGUAAAACAGCGUCUCAGACAUCAUGCAGUGUAUUACAAAUAACGUAAGAGUGUACGAGUGAACCUUUAGAGGUGGAUGUCUGGUUCCUAUCACCAUGACUGUGAACAAUCCUGGCUCUACAAGUGUCUUUAUAAUUGAGCAUAUCACACCAAACCACUUUGAAUGACCUUGUUUAUGAUCUUGUUCAUUUAUUUAUGCAAAUUUAAAAAAGGAUUUUGUGGAAUUUCUCUUUAAAGUCUAGAGGAUGUGCUCCAUCUCUGUUCAUUUGUUUAUUUUUGUUACUUUUUAAAUUUUUUUUCCCCAAACUCAGUUUUUAUGCACUGUAAGGUGGUUUGACCACAUUAAAGGUACCGAAUAAUUAUUGUAAACAUUGCUUGCCACUUUAAGUUAGUAGGGUUUGUGUUGCUCUGCUGUCUCUGCUCUAUUUUGUUAUUCAACAACAGCCACUUUUUCCUUGCAUUAAUUUGAUGAAAGUUUUAGCAUUUGGUCUAAAUAUUUGACAUCAAUUGUCAAACCAAGAGCUGAGCUGAUUUGAAAAGCAUCUUUCUGCAGCCAUAUGCACUGAGCUAUAAUGGAUGAAAUCAUUAUUUUGAUGAAUGUGGGCAAAACAUGUGUUGCUUUUUUAUUUAUGUGUUUUAUAUUGAAAAUACAAUAUUGUCUUUGUUUUUAAGUCUUUAAAGGGUUUUUAGAAGGUUUGACAGUGCAUAUUUUAUUUAAGUGUGUUCCAUAUCAUUCUAGCCGGUGUAAUUAACGGUUCUAGUGUUGGUUCCCCUGGUCACUCUCUUCUGCCUCAGGUACUUUUUUCCAAGAAGAAAUCACCUUCCUACAGAUAUUUUACAUUUUAUGAUAUUUUCUCCUGAAGGACUGUUACAUAUUAAAAAAAAAAAAUCUAAACAAAAACAAAACGUGUAUGCCUAAAUUGUAUGUGUAUUACUCUUUUGAAUCGCAAGUUAAUUUCAGCUGCAUGCUCCUCGUGUAGAUUAAGUAAAUAAUGUUACCACGGAGCACAAAUGUGAUUAUUUUGCCAUUUAUUUUGCACUUUUUGCAAAUGCACAGUAGGAUUUGAAAGCUGGAUUUUUUUUCUAAACGCUCAUGCUCAUGCAUCCAGAGAAGUUAAACUGAUUGGCUGCUGCUGUGGCAGUCAAGUAUGUACAAAACAUACGUGUCUGGUCGUUGGUUGGUGGGCUUCCACAAUGUUUCUGAUAAUGUCACUCACUCCAAAGAUGUAUUUUGUUGCCAUUUGUUCUGAAAUACUUGAAUAUUUCAUUCUUA